AUGAGCCGAGCUUUAGCAACGACUAUCGACCAUUCAUCCGAGGCUGCAUUAUCUAUCCAUCGGCUUAAACUGCUCAUGAAAGAUACAGAAGCAGUCAAUAUAUAUCGUAAUCUACCCUCACAUAAUAAGUGCUAUAUUUGCACAGAAGGACGAAAGGAGAAUAACCGAGAGAAAAAUAGAUACAAUGAUAUUCUACCAUAUGACGAAACAAGGGUAAAAUUAAAGUCACAAAGAUUAGAUUAUAUCAACGCUAGUUAUGUUGACAUGAAUAUUUCUAAGUCAGAAAUUAUCAAUAGAUAUAUUUGUGCUCAAGGUCCAUUAGCUAAUACUGCAGCAGAAUUUUGGCAGAUGAUCUGGGAACAAAAAUGUUUAGACAUUGUAAUGUUAACCUCUUUGGUGGAAAAUGGAGUGAAUAAAUGCUACAAGUAUUGGCCAGAUGAAAACAAGCAAAUGCAAUUCAAAAACUUACAAGUUCACUACUGCUCUGAAACAGUUGAAGAACAUUAUUUUUUUAGAAACAUCAUAUUAACCGAUUCAAAGGAAACUAGAGUUAUUCAUCAUUUUCAAUACAAGAAAUGGCCUGAUCAUGGAGUUCCAGAUGAUGAUAAUGGAUUUUAUAAUUUCGUCAAGUUCGUCGGCAUGAGUCGCUAUACUCCCGCUUAUCCUACUCUUGUACAUUGCAGUGCUGGCGUUGGACGUACUGGUUGCUUUGUGGCUAUUGAAACAGCUUUAGAUAAACUUAGAUAUUCUGAAAAAGUAGACAUAAUAGCAAUCAUUAAAGAGAUGAGAGAUCAACGAGGAUUAUUAGUCCAGAAUCCAGUACAAUUUAGGUUUAUCUGUAAAACCAUCAUUUCAGCAUUUGAAAGUAAUGGUAAAUCCGUAAAAUAA